UGUCAUUCCGAGACGGACGAUUCCUGCGUGAUGCUGCUCUCCUCAAACAGGUCUCAGCGAGCGGCGAGUCCGGUAACCACGUCAGCUGGCUGAUUUGAUCCCGCUCUUGCCGAGUCGGAACCGAACCGGCCGGAGGGGACCGGGCUCUGGAGGAGAGAAGGGUCUAGGGUGGGCUGUAGGGCCAUCCGGGGGCCACCCCACACCGUAGGAGGCAAACAUGAGCGUUCCCAUGUUAAAGAUCGGGGCGGUGCUCAGCACCAUGGCCAUGGUGACCAACUGGAUGUCUCAGACUUUACCGUCUCUGGUGGGACUCAACGGGACCGCCAUCUCCAGAGGGGGCACCUCAGAGAGGAUUGUGAGUGCGCUAUACCCGAGUCCGGAGGAAGGUUGGCAGAUCUACAGCUCGGCACAAGGCGCAGAUGGAAAAUGUAUCUGCACGGUGGUCGCGCCGGCUCAGAACAUGUGUAACCGCGACCCACGCAGCAGGCAGCUCCGCCAGCUCAUGGAGAAGGUGCAGAAUAUAAGUCAGUCCAUGGAGGUGCUGGAUCUGCGGACCAACAGAGACCUCCAGUACGUGAGGGAGACCGAAGGCCUGAUCAAAGUGGUGGAUGGGAGGCUGAAGGUGGCCUCGGAAAACCCCCGCAGUCUCAAUCCAAAAGGCUUUCAGGAUUUGAAAGGCAAGGUGGCCGAGCUUCUCCGUCGCCUGCCCGUGCUGGAGCAAUACAAAUCGGACACCAAGAUGAUCUUGCACCUCCGCGAGGAGGUGAGAAAUCUGUCCUUUGUGCUGAUGGCCAUCCAGGAGGAGAUGGGCGCCUACGAUUACGAGGAGCUGCGCCAGAGGGUCCUGCUGCUGGAGACGCGCCUCCACUCCUGCAUGCAGAAGCUGGGCUGCGGGAAGCUCACCGGCGUCAGUAAUCCCAUCACGGUCCGCGCGUCGGGGUCCAGGUUCGGCUCCUGGAUGACAGAUACGAUGAUCCCCAGCUCCGACAACCGAGUGUGGUCCAUGGAUGGUUACUUCAAGGGGCGUCGGGUCUUGGAGUACCGCACCAUGAGUGACUUCAUGAAGGGCCAGAACUUUGUGCAGCACCUCCUCCCACACCCUUGGGCAGGCACUGGCCACGUGGUCUACAACGGCUCGCUGUACUAUAACAAGUACCAGAGCAACAUCAUUAUCAAGUAUCACUUUCGGUCCCGGAGCGUCCUGGUGCAGCGCAGUCUGAGCGGAGCCGGCUACAACAACACCUUCCCCUACUCCUGGGGCGGCUCUUCCGACAUCGACCUGAUGGCCGACGAGAAUGGCCUGUGGGCGGUCUACACCACCAUCCCCAAAGCUGGGAAUAUCGUCAUCAGCCGCCUGGAACCGCAGACUCUGGAGGUGCUGCAAACGUGGGACACCGGCUUCCCCAAGCGAAGCGCCGGAGAGUCCUUCAUGAUCUGCAGCACGCUCUACGUCACCAAUUCUCACCUGGCCGGCGCCAAGAUCUACUUUGCCUACUACACCAACACCUCUAGCUACGAGUACACAGACAUCCCCUUCCACAAUCAGUACUCCCAUAUCUCCAUGAUGGACUACAACCCCAGGGAGAGGGUCCUCUACACCUGGAACAAUGGGCAUCAGGUGCUCUACAACGUUACACUUUUCCAGGUCAUUAAGACUUCUGGGGAUUGAGAGCUCAAAUUAGACUGGACACAUUUAAUGCUGUAUACAAUGUUUGGGGCACGGGGGGCGGUGGGGGGGGGGGGGGGGGUGAUUUAAGCAUUAACAGGCAUUUUUUAUCAAAUCUUCAAAGAGUGCUAUUAUUCCCAUCGUGAAAAACACAAUAAGGUCGGUAAUGAAACAAAAGACAGCAUUUCUCUUUCGUUUUCUUUCUGUGAUGAGUAAGCAUGGUCCAUUUUAAUUGUGAUGAGAAAUAAAUAUCCGUCUUUAACA